AUGGCGAACGCCAGCGGCAAAUACAGAAGACACGCCAAUGCUAGACGCAGAGCCGACGAGUCCUUCGACGAUCGCUGGGGCGACGAAGAACCAGCUUCCGAUGGCGCCGAACCAGACUUCCCCGAGCCUCCCCCAAAACGCAUCAAGCGAUCCGAUCAAGCUGCCUCUGACAGCGGCCCAGCGAUUCAAGCUGAAGAAGCCAAAUCCGCGGGCCGCACAGACGCCAGCGAUGAGACGCCGAAGGAAGGAGUUGAUCAGGCUGGCGCAGCAGAAAUCGACCGCCGUGAACGAGACGAGUUCGCACAGCGUCUAGCGAAGCGUGACGAAGAACGCUCUAAGAAAAUACUCGAAGACCGCUCAGCGGCGAAAGAUAGUGUCACAGCACAGCGAAGAGCCCUUGCAGACGACAAAGAGGCACGGGAUGCGGCCAUGCCGGACCUACGACUACGGUCAAGACAAGACUACUUGAAGAAACGAGAAGCAGAAAGACUUGCGCUAUUUCGACAACAAGUUGAAGACGAACAGCGCGAAUUGAGAGAUAAUCCAGACCUGUCAAACAAGGAAAAAGAAGAAUUUGCGCGCAACAGGGAAUUGUUAGCCGUAACAGAGGCGAGACUUGAGAUCGACGACCAUCUUGAGGGCUAUGCACUGCCGGAGGACUACAUCACCGAGAAAGGCAAGCUGGAUCGCCGGAAGAAAGAACAAGCACUGUACAAACGAUACGUAGAUCGCGAUGCCAGCGGCAGAGAAAAGUUCGUCACCGAGCACGAAGAAUGGGAGCAAGAGCAAACCAAGCGAGCAGAAGCGCAGGUCAAAAGGUCUGGAUAUUUCGAUGAAGGCGACUACGGCUAUGUUUUUGACGAAAGCCAACAAAUGCAAUUCGUGGCGAGCGAGACGCUCGGGGGCGACCUUGGAAAGGGGAGGAGCCGCGAAGAGCGAGAGAUGCAGCAAAGACUCAGCGCAGCCGAAGCAAAAGCUAAGAGCGUCGAAGAAACAAGAAAAAGCCUGCCGAUCUACCAAUUCCGUGACGAGAUCAUUCAGGCCGUGCAUGACCACCAAGUUCUGAUCAUUGUUGGAGAGACAGGUUCCGGAAAAACGACACAAUUACCCCAGUAUCUCCACGAAGCGGGCUUCACCAAAGAUGGCAUGAAGAUCGGUUGUACCCAGCCGCGACGAGUGGCUGCUAUGAGCGUCGCAGCCAGAGUGGCGGAAGAAAUGGGAAAGCGUCUCGGAAACGAAGUCGGGUAUGCCAUUCGAUUCGAGGACAACACCAGCGACAAGACUGUGCUUAAAUACAUGACGGACGGUAUGCUUCUUCGGGAACUGCUCACAGACCCCGAGCUAUCAGAGUACUCAGCUCUUAUGAUUGACGAAGCCCACGAACGCACAGUCAGCACCGACAUUGCUUGCGGUCUGCUUAAAGACAUCGCCAAAGCCCGACCAGACCUGAAGCUUCUGAUUUCAUCAGCGACUAUGGAUGCACAAAAGUUCCAGACGUAUUUCGAUAAUGCCCCGAUUUUCAACAUCCCAGGCCGAAGAUAUGCAGUGGAUGUUCAUUACACCGCCCAGCCGGAGGCGAACUAUCUUGCUGCCGCCAUUACCACUGUUUUCCAGAUCCACAUCACCCAGCCACAAGGCGACAUCCUUGUCUUUCUGACAGGUCAAGAAGAAAUCGAAGCCAUGGAAGCGAAUUUGCAAGAGACAGCCCGGAAGCUCGGAUCUAAUGUCAGGGAGAUGAUCAUCUGCCCGAUCUACGCCAACCUACCGACCGAUCUGCAAGCAAAGAUCUUCGAGCCGACUCCUCCGAAUGCCAGAAAAGUCGUUCUGGCCACCAACAUUGCCGAAACCUCAUUGACCAUCGACGGCAUUGUCUACGUUAUUGACCCGGGUUUCGUGAAAGAGAACCAAUACAAUCCUCGAACAGGCAUGGAGUCGCUGGUGGUUGUGCCAUGUUCGCGAGCAUCUGCUGGGCAGCGAGCAGGUCGAGCAGGUCGUGUUGGGCCAGGCAAAUGCUUCCGGCUAUACACGAAGCAGGCUUGGAAGAACGAGCUUGAUUCAAACACCAUGCCCGAACUCCAGCGCACCAAUCUGACAGGCACGAUCCUCCUCCUGAAAAGCUUGGGAAUUAACGAUCUCUUGGACUUCGAUUUCAUGGACCCACCGAGCACCGAUACAAUUGUACGGGCAGUUGAACAACUUUACGCCCUCGGAGCUCUCAACAAUGCUGGCGAACUUACCAAGAUCGGACGGCAAAUGGCUGAAUUUCCUACCGAUCCCAUGUUCGCUAGAGCGAUCCUGGCUGCAGACAAGUAUGGCUGCGUCUCCGAGGUUCUAUCCAUCAUUGCCAUGCUCGGCGAGUCAUCCGCCCUGUUCUUCCGACCGAAGGACAAGAAGGUUCAUGCCGACUCCGCUCGGGCACGCUUUACCAACAAGGAUGGUGGCGAUCACCUGAGCUUAUUGAACGUCUGGAACGAGUGGGUCGACACCGAUUAUUCCAUCGUUUGGGCCAAGGAGAAUUUCUUACAACAGCGCUCACUUACACGCGCCCGCGAUGUCCGUGAUCAGCUCGCCCGCCUUUGCGACCGAGUCGAGGUCGAUGCCUCCAAGUCUUGCGGUGGCGCAUCGAACAUUGAACCGAUUCAAAAAUCAAUAGCAGCAGGGUUCUUCCCGAACAGCGCACGCUUGCAGCGAGAUGGCUCAACGUACCGGCAAGUGAAGAACGGGCAGGUCAUCUACAUCCAUCCUUCGAGUGUACUUAUGGAAGUCAAUCCAAAGUGGGUAUUGUACCAUGAACUGGUGCUCACGAGCAAAGAGUACAUGCGAGGCGUGAUGCCGCUGAAGCCUGAGUGGUUGAUGGAGAUUGCGCCGCAUUACUACAACAAGAAGAGCCUGGAAAGCUUGGGCAUUGAGAGGAAAGUACCGAGAGGCGAGGGUAAGGCGCAAGCCAAGAUUUGA